UCUGUAUUUGGCCCUGGUGCGAUGGCUGCUGGAAUCCUGUGUCCAGUUCUGAAUGGUAAACUGAGGCAGGCUUUGCCUAUUGCCUAUGCGGGAGGGCGCCCCCUGCAGGUGUCAGCCCUGCCAUAUCGCCAAACCAAACAAACUUUCCCCGGCUUCUCUGCAACCCAAAGAAAAUAGAUUUUCCUCAGUGCUUUUGGGAACGUAAACAUGGGAGAUUUCCCCAAUGGGGCACUUGCAAGCCAAAGAAGCCAGUCUGGACCAAACAUCGCAGCGCCGGGCUCGUGCGGGACACCCUGCGACGUCCUUAGCUGGCUCGUGGAGGUUUGACGUCUAUGCCCAGGCCUGCUGGGGCCGUGUCCCGCCCCUGGCUGAUUGCAGGUAGCAAAUGGGAGCAACUUCUUAGAACAAGACAGUGAGAAAGUUGGAUUAUGUUACAGCGAAAGUCAAACACAAUCCACGUCUGCUGGCAAAUCACCCAGGAACUGUCCGGGACACUAGAAACAUGAAUCACCUCACUGGCGGAUCCUGGAGAAAUCACAGCUCUGGGCCCCGAAGAAGCCUGCGAUUUGCUUGCUUGAUCAUGAGGUUUUUAAAAGUAAACAUUCGCGUUGUUUGCCUUCUGGGUGGCGUGAGGGUCCGGCCCCCUGGAAGAGUUCAGGCUUUGCUCCGGGGGAAUUGGGAGCAGGAUCUGGCCCCAAUGUAAAUGGAGUGAGGGCUGCCUUGGGAUCUCACGCCCCAGGGGUCACUCCGGAGUCCCCCCCUCCGCCCCCAAUGGGGUCAGGCUGAGAUUCGGGUCUCAACUCCCCCCGGCUGCUCUCUGACGCACUGCGGUGCUAUUGUGUGACACACCUUUGCUCGACAAUUGUGCGGGGUGGGGAUUUGUUAUCUUUGGCUGGGGAUUUCCUGGGAACGACUCCAGGCCCCGGGAGAUGCGCCCUGUGACGUGACACCCAGAGCGCUCCAGGCACCUAUAUAGACAGUGCAAGAGGAUUCCCCGGCCAGAGAGACCCAGAACCAGGAUGCUGCAGCUGCAAAUCCUCAUCGGGACUUUUGUCCUUCUGGCAAAUUCGGUCUCGGAAACUGCAGCCCAGGCCCGAUUCUCCUAUUCCGGGGAGUUCGGCUCGGCUGCGGGGACCUCGUUCUCUUAUUCCGGAGACCACUUCUGGGGCCCCAUCACGGCCUUCCGGGUCUGGGAACAGCCCAGCGGCUACAUCAAAGCCCUCCAGUUCCAAUUUGCUGGCACAUGGAGCAAAACUUAUGGCUAUGAGGAAGGCAAACAUCACGAGGUGACCCUGUUCCAUGGAGAGGAAAUCACACAGAUCUCCGGGAAACACUCCACCUACAUCUACCAGCUCAUCUUCUUCACCAACUACAGACGCACCUUCUUCUUCGGCCAGCCGGCCGGGGAGAGCUUCAACGCCUUCCCCCUGGAGCAGGGCAACGUCCUGGCCUUCAUCACCGGCCACCACAAUGGGGCGGGCAUCACGGGCAUCGGGAUGCACUGGGAUCAGUCCACCUUGCCGGCGUUAAAAUCCUAUGCCCAGAUCCCAGAGGUGGGGAAUUCCUCUGGCUAAUGGAGCCCAUCCAUUCCAGCAAAAUCCUGUAGCAGAGCGUUCCCCUGGUUAACAUACCUCAGCCUGCAACUCUCCACGUGGCACCGUGGAGCCAUUCACUGGCUGUGAUCAGUGGCUGAUUAAUUAGAGCCAGAUUGCUUGAUUUACUGAUGCGCUCAUUAAAAUAAUAAAGCAUCAAUUUCUGCUCUCCAUUUUCAUCCAGAACACGAGGUCUCUGCUUACAUUUGGGUUUGGCCCGGGGGCUGUUUCUACCUGGAUCCCUGCCCCAGCACAGGGCGAAGCACGGGGGCUGUUUAGCCAGGUACGCCUUGCGCGG